GUUCCUGCACGAAGUCCAGCAGAAUUCUGUCACCAACAAGAUGAAUGUGGAGAAUCUGGCAACAGUGUUUGGUGUGAACCUGAUCAGACCCAAGAUGGAAGAUCCAGUGACUAUUAUGAGAGGAACUCCCCAGAUCCAGAAAGUGAUGACAACAAUGAUCAGUGACCACGAGAAGCUCUUUCCGGUAUCCAAAGAUGCAACGCCUUCUCCACCUCCCCCAGAAAGCAAUUCCAAGAAAGCUCCGGUGCUGCGUAGCUCCGUCGGUUGGGACGCAGUAGAAGGGCCACAAAUGUCCUGGAGGGAGAACAAGAGCCUGCUGCAAACCGUGGUGCUCAAGGAGGCUGACAAAAAUAAGAACAGUGAAAUUGAGAAGGAUGAUCUAGAAGCUUCUAACUCCAAAUUAAGUGGCAGCUUGGCUCCAUUAGCAGAAGAAAAAGGAGAACCUCAACCUAGAGAUGCUCUGGGGACACGGACAGCACGAAAGAGGACUCAGACACUUCCAAACAGGAAAUGUAUCGAGAGCAUCUCUUCCAACAAGUGGAACCAAAACACAGACAGAACUGACAUUUUCAGUAGCAACUUUUGGUCAUCAUCAUCAUCAUCAUCAUCAUCAUCAUCAUCAUCAUCAUCAUCAUCCAUGGUCCAGCCCAGGCCUAGUUCUCCCUUAGGAGGUCACAAAAGAACUUUGUCUCAGGGAAUUUCUAAACUGUUCAGUUUCCCACAACCCUCAGACUCUGGCAAUCUCUGCAGUUCUGGGCAGGGUCCUAAGAGUCAGGCUCACAACAGCUCUUCAAGCCAACUAAGAGAUGAUUUGGGAAAGUGUUUGCAAAUGAAUGACCCUCCCAGGUCUAGGCAAAAUGGCACCACCAUUCUGAAGCCGCCUGCUGAGGAAGACAGCUCAUACCCAGAGGACCCUGAAUUGCUUAAGAAGAUGAUUGCGGAGCUGAAAAAGGAGAUGGUGACACAAAAAAAUAGCUACGAGGAGCAAAUUAGGAG